GCCAUUGCUACUUAUUAAUCGCAUUUUCAAGAGGCAAAUUUUCAUUCGCCGAUACUGUAUAGAAACGUCUCUUUUUGCAGCGACGUGACGAGAAUAACGAUCCGUAUCGCGUCUUUGUUAACGACAAUUGUUAUCAAAAGUUGCGCGUAUGACAGCGCUAAUGACGUAUACGCUUACCUGUGCGGGAUGACCCCACGGAAAGCUUACUCUCAGAUACGAUUCAUUUAUAAAAACACAUUAACGCACCGCUGAUUCUCACGGAGGAAGCGAACCGGCUAACGACGUGUCUUCCGCUGUGAGCACGGAAAAAGAGCUCGCGUGCCAACGACGGAACGUUCGUGCAGCUGCGAGGACCGAGUCUUCGAACGACAUACCACCGAGAAGUCUCCUCGGGAUACAUACAGCGCGCUUCCAGCAUAAAUCCGUUCACAGCUUUGGGAAAUUUGUGGAGCAGGAGUCGGUGCAGGAGGUGAGAUUUUUGCAAUCAUCGAAGGAAAAUCAAGAAAAAGAUACAUUGCUUAACGGUGAACUGCGAGAAAUUUCGAAAACAAAUGCAGCGAAGGAAAUAAUAUAGCGGCAAUCGAGAGGAACAUGUUUCAAAAAUUAAAAGUAUGAACGUUACUUCAAAUAUUAUUAUAACUUUAUAACACCUCAUCGAGUUGACCAUGUAUCGAGAACCAUGCCUCCCAAACCCCCAAAGAACAGCCACAGUAACUCAGUAAAUCUAUACGAGUAAGUUUCAGGGUAUUAGACCACGUUUUUAUUUAAUAUAAUUUAUCAGAAAGUAAUGCGGUACUCGCUCACGCAUGCUGACAGACACAGACUGAUGACGUCAGAGUCAUAUAAAAUGCUUGAGACGGAUUUUAGAACGACCCCCAGACAAAGACCAUAUCCAUGUUAAAAUUGGAAUGUCGAAUAAUAACCUUAUAAAAAGUGGUACAGCAUCCGUCGUUGACGAAGACGAGAAAAGCGAGAACACAGCAUCCGUACCUCGGGACAAACCGAUCUUCGAUGAUCUGUGGCAGAUGGUAUCGCGCUGCACCUGUGGGUGCAAGGUGGAACGAGCCGUGGAGCGUGCCAGUGUAGCAUCAAGUUUCCAGCAGGCUGAUCGUGAGACGAAGUCGAGAUCGUUUCGUUUAGAUGCCCGGCUUCUACUACGUCGGAACGGUGGGGAUAAACCGAUGGAAGGCGUUUAGUGGGGAUGGUUGGUCGCUCGCGGGGAGUUAUGAAUGAGUCGUGGAGUCCUGACCCACGAGUAGUACGUGGUGGGGGUUGCGGCAGUGGCGAGCGUGAAAUAAAGAGGAGGGCAACUGAUGGGUGCCGGAGGCGGCAGGGAAGGAGGCAGAUGAGUAGAAGGAAAGGACUACGGGGGUGGGGGAGAAAGAAGAAUAGAAGAGAAGCAAAGAAUGAUAAGGCGCGCGCGAAGACGGAGGGAGAGAGAGAGAGAGAGAGAGAGAGAGAGAGAGAGAGAGAGAGAGAGAGAGAGAGAGAGAGAGAGAGAGAGAGAGAGAGAGAGAGAGAGAGAGAAGCGAGUGAUCAAGGAAGGGCAAAGAUGGUGGGGGUACUUAGGAUUGACCGAAAGCGGGGUGUGGGCCACGUGCUUCGGUGCCUUUACAAUCGUAUAUAGGCACCGGUCACCGACUGGCCACUACCAUACACCGAUAGUCAUAUACUCGGGGCGCACAAGAUAAAAAAGGGAAAGAACGGCGGCCAAGGAAGAAGAAGGAAAAGAGGAAGGAAAGAAAGAAGAAAGAGAAUACAAUACAUAGAGAGGGAACAGGCAAGAGAAACGACCUACCGACAACGAAGGCAGACAGAAGUCCACCUUCCACUUCCAUUCCCUUACGCAGGUUCACUCCUACUAUAACGACGAACGAACAGCCUGCCUCUGCUCGCUCGCCUGCCUAUAGCUGGCUUCUCCUUCUCUGUUUCUAUACCGACCUACCUACCUACCUUCUCUGCGCCGUGGUUAACUCGACAGAGGCGAGAGGUGAUACACUCGAUACACUCGGCCGAACGAGGGCGACGAAGACCUCAGUCACCUCCUGACAUUCGGUAUGGUACAACCUUACCCCACUGUCGUGAGAGUAACGAGCUGCCGCCAAGAGGAGGGCUGAGAAUACCAAAAAGACUCGAAACCCAGGACCAAGGGGGACACCCGGUGAAAGGGAUAACGACGGACCGACGUGCCAAAGAGGAAAACCAAGCGAACCAGGAUAAACGAAAGAAAAGUAGGCAUAGCGCGGGACCACCCUUAACGGUGUACCUAGGCUGAUUCUGUUUCCUUUCCUCUACUACACCCCCCGCCAUAUUCUUAAGUACCUACCGCCCUCCCCACCCUUCCCUCUGGGACACCGCUCGCAACCCCCUUCCCCCUCGUAUAAGAAUCAGUGCAUCGCGUGUGUUCGAACCAGUGCCAAACGAGUUGUGAUUCCGUGCGUACAGUUUUUCAAUUGUGAUCGCUCCCGACACCUCGAGUGACCGGUGAAUCGUUUCCAAGAUAGAGCAGAGCCAGCCUCUACCCUGUUCUCUACGAUUCGUUAAAUCGCUUCACCGAUACCAGAAUACCCCGUGCAUACUUCUCGUUUCGACAGUGUGAAUUUCGCUAUUCCCCGAUCUCGUAAAUACGUUUGACGGGAGGGUUGAACUUACCCGGCUCGACUUAGUAUCGCACGCGUCGGGUGUACCCCUCGCUCGCUACUUAGCUGCCACGCGCCAUCGAGAGUGCCUGCGUGCGACGAUAGUGAUCAAGUGCUAUGCGAACAUGACAGUUGUAGAGGAUACAUCGGUCGUAUGCGAUCGACAAAUGACAAUGGAGGCAAUCCUGACCCGCGACCAAAGAACCACGUCCCACAGAGUUCUCGAUCAUCGUGUUUCGCAAAACAGUGUGACAGCGAUGACAGCUACCACCAUAACAACAUCGACGAACCGGUGCAACGGCCUGGUCGCGAAUUCACGAUACGCAGGAGUGAUCGCUCCCGGAGUAAACAAGGACGAUCAGCCGCAGAGACACUUGAGAUGUGAUUCGUACUUCGUACCUGCUUUUUACUACGAUCGAGGGAUACGAUCGAAACACAACGCACCCAUCACCGCGACCACGUGCCUGAGGUUAGGCAGUCUUCUGGUGACUCUGCUCGUGAUCUCGGUACACGGCGCUCCGACGAUGACCCUCGAGAGUAGACGACUGAGCUCGCCCCCGAAGUGGGUGAAUCCCUGUGGCCUUGCCGCCGAAGACUUCACCGGUGAUUUGGACGUGGUGCAGCUAUCCGACUCGCAGCUCCUGCACCAAGUUGUCGUACAGGCGAGAACUGCGCUAAUGCACGCGGAGCUUUUUCGUGAAGAUUAUGCCAAGCGAAUCUUCAACAUCGAUUAUGCCGAUUUGCAUUCGACGUUUAAAGACCAUCAUUACGAUUGGCUUCCUGGACCAAGGGAGAUUCCCAAGGAACUCGGAGGGCAGUUGGAGCAGGAGUAUCUAGAUACGCUGGAGCUCGACACGGCCCUUAUCGACGCGUACGAAUACAUGCAAAAGUAUGCAGUCGGUUUGGAACAAAUCGUCUGGGAUCAAGAGGAUCUUCAGCUCGAGUUUCGCAAACAGUUUAAGGAUACAGAAUACAGGCUCCGAACGGUUCUCUGCGAGUUGCAAGUGGCGCUAGUGGAACGGCAGCUGUCUUCGCGACCGGACGUCACUCGCGACAUCAUGAGGUCUGAAUUCCGUGCCAUGUCAUCGUCCGCGACAUUCCGAAACCUACGCGACUGGCUGAUCUUUCGGGAUUACAUGAACGGUCUCGAAUACGUUGUGCAAGUAUUCGAACACUUACGCCGCGGCCUCCAAUCCUGAGGAUGGCAAGGCGGAAGCCGAAGAAGGGCUACCAAGCGACGACUCGUCCAUCUCAGGAAACCGGAAGUACCCUUCUUGUAUGGCCAGCUUUCUUGAGAUGGCCGAUGGAAGCGGGUAUCAGAGGAAAGGCUUAGGCGUGCUCUGUCAAGCAGGCCAUGCUCUACCAUCCGUCCCGAAUCCAGCGUGAUGUGUGACUCCAACGCGACGAUCGACCUAUCCAUCGAUAGAUAUCUCGAUAGAAACCGAUAGAUAUUUCGUAUCGUCGGAUCGCAAAAUUGUGCGCAAGCGUCUUUACCGAGUUGUUCGGCACAACUUUGAGACAGGGAGCGACGGAAGACAUUGCCGAGUCUCGUUGAUAAACGCCAACCAUCAUCGUUAACGCUCGCUGUUGAAGAUUCCGUGAGAUGAUCGGAGAGAGAAUAAGACGGGAAGCGGAGUCGUUCGAUAAACAGCCCAUCGGCUUUCGCCGCCGAGUUCACGAUCGUGAGAACACACAUUCGUCUUGUAUACGUUUACGCUAAUUACGAAACGCGUUGUGUACCGCGCAUCAACAGCCACGUCGAACGUGUAACCCUAACGCGCGAGAAGAUGGAUUAGGGAGUGACAAAUCACGAAAAUCGGCCAGUUCUGACCGAUAUCCUUCUCCUCGCUGAGCUCUCGAGCGCCGAACAAAGACUCGUGUGCGAGCUUCUCCAUCUUUUCGGUUUACUUCACGUCGUCCAUCGAGGGCGUUCUCGUAUCGAUUAAUUUUGGAAUUCCACGCCAUUGGAUUUUACCUUUGGAUUCAUACCUUUAGACAUUUUACUACUAAACGUGUUUCUACAUUUUUAUCUAUCGGUUGCGAAUUUUACCCAGCGAUUCAAAUCUUUUAACUGCGGUCCUUUUUUAAAGAAUGGUAUAUUCAAAGUGGAAAUUUCCCUCGAUGAACUAAGUUGGACGAAUGAUUUUAUAUUUGUUUCCUUUUUUCGUUCAAAGAAGUGAAGUAAUACGCAGAAAAUAAUGCUCGACGGAAGUCGAACGAAAAAUUUGUGAGAUCGUUCGCACACGGAAGGGAGAAGAGAAAUGGAUUCCGAUGGAAUCCGACUAAACGAGCUUGUGCACCGCAGCGGUAUUAUAUCCUAAGUACACAAGAAAAUACAGUAUUCGCGCUUUAAGUUAAACCAUUCGCGUCGAGCGAGAUGAAAUUAUAGAAAUUUCUGCGCAUAACUAUGUAUAUCGCAUAGUAUCAGGAAAGCGAAGAUCUUUACGACGGUGUCCUUGUAACGCCGAAGAGCACGUCGGGAGAUUCGUUUUUCGAUAAACGAUACGCGCCCUUUGCCCCCCCCCCCCAGCCCCUUUUUAAUCCUACAUAAUAAUUUAUUGACUAACUGUAAUAUUAUUAUAUUCGUAUUUAUUCAGAUUAUUUAUUUUAUUUUUUUAGAGAUUUUACAUGUCCGAUUAACUGUAUUUAAUGUGUCUAGUUGAGCUUGAAAUUACCUAGAGCAUAGGAGAGAAAUAGAAGGAUAUAUAUUUCAAUAAUUAUUAAUAUCAUUAGUAGAAUUCUCAUAUCGUAGUGGAAGAAGGACACGCAUCGACGCGGCCGACGCCAUUUUAUGUUACGCGCCGCGCUGCUGCUGCUACUCCUUUCGCUUGACGUACCUUUUCACAGUAUGAAAACGUAAAUUCGAUAAGAAAACUACGACCAAUGGCUUCUUCAACACCCCCCGUUCUUUUUAUGCGUUGCAAUUUCUCACGGUACAAUAGCACGUCUCAAUUAGUUUUAAAUCGAUUUUAUCCGACAUUGGUUCAACGGAUGGCGCUUUAGAAAAAAAUCUCUUCCUAUUUUUUACUAUUAUUUUAGUUUUGUCUUUUUUUUUUGAUAACCGAAGUCAAUACUUCCUCCUUUUUUUAAGCGAUAUUCGAAACUGUUGUAGGCUCGUCGAGACGUACCUUUUCGAUGGCUUGAAGACAUCGUUUUAUUCACAAAAAUGACCAGCGUAUUUACUUUUUUUUUUACUACGAAAUUUUAACCAAUUACGGAGUUUACUCGUAUUUUUUUACCGCGAUGUUUUUUAGGGGAAUUUUAUCGUUCUUUUUAAUAAUAUUCAGGCCAAGAAGGAUGCGUCGUACGAAGCCUCGCACCAAUAUUCGCUCGAGGGUAAUUGACCUCGCAGGCUCUUUUCGUACUUACAAUUUGCUACUGAAACUUAAAUACAAUUAAGCAUUGUGUCUUAAACAUCGUCGUGCGAGAAGACGUGGAGCCGUGUGCCGUUUUAUUUAAUUUUCAUACCAUUAGCGACCUAUAUAAGCUUAUCAUAGAUAGUUGGUGGAUGAGCGUGUUAAGGCUCGCGGCUAAUCGCACGCGCGAUAUUCAAGUGUACGCACACGCGCGCAUUAUACAAAACACACUUUCAUUUUCAUAUCAUCGUGUCUGUGAUAUGCAUUGUCGAAAGUCCCUCAUGCGAAUAAUUGUCAUUGUUAUAUCGAAUUGCCCGAUUCUUCUGCCGCGAAAGAAGUAAAAAGAGGAGAAAAGGGAGAAUGGAAGAGCGAGGAGGAACGCGUGCGAGUGUGAAUGAGAGACCGAGAGAGAGAAAGAGAGAGAGAGAGAGAGAGAGGCCUAUCUGUGCGACAAUGUCGAUCUCGUAAAUCGAUCUCCUAUACGCAUUUUCACUUCAUCGUGUUGUUUUAUAUACUUUAUUUUAAUAGACAGUCUUUCGUCCUUUGAAAGCAUUAAUCAUUUUUUUUUUAGUAUUUUCCUUUUUUAUUAAAUAAGGAAGACUGCCAUUCAGUUCGAUUGCUUGAAUCAUCGUGAAAAUCGAAUAUAUCGACGAAUACAAUUUGGGAAAGCCUUACGGCACUUAAAUGUUUCGAUCGCAAGCAGCAGCGCAGCCUGUUCGAGCGUCUAUUAGCGAUAGAAUUCUACCGAUUGCCGAUCGAAUUUCAUUUUCUUAUUUUUCUUCACCGUAUGAAUUUUCUUUCGUCGGUUUCUUAAAAUUGUUUUUCGUAUCGAAUAAGGAUCGCAUAAGGAUCGAAGUAAGAACAACAUUUGGCGAUCUCUCUGUCUCUUCAUAUUAGAAGUGGUGUAUCCGUGUAAAUGAUACGUAGAACGUACCGGGCAUAGUAACGACACGGUUAUUCACGUUUUCCUCGAACGGUUUUAUUCGUUCAGAAAUGCUGAACGGACGGUCCGAUGAAUCGGCGAGUAUCGUUGACCUCGACGAUAUGGGAAGCCUACUUCGAUGACAGAGCCGGGUACACAGUCUACGUCGUCGAUACACACGAUACAUGGGAAAUUUUGUGUAAAAUAAUUAUCGACUGCUUGGUAUAUGUUGUACAUAAACAGAUUUGAUGAUAUAGAAGUUGCAGAAUAUAAUUAUAUAUGUGAA